AUGGACCUCCGCAGCCCCAACGGCACGUACAUUAUCGACACCGAAACGGGCGAUAAGACACGCCUCGCCCCUAAGAAGGCCACGAUGCUGCCGGAAGAGGGAUGCCGGAUUCACUUCGGCGGGGCCGCUUGCAAGGUGGCCAUGGGGCCUCUCCCGGAGCCUGGCGCCUUGGCCGAGGAAGAAAAGGACGGUGUUUACGACAACGAUACCCAGAUUCCCGGGGUGAUCGACUUGGGCGACGACGAAGAAGAAGAAGGAAAGGCCGAAGCGGGUGCUGGUGCUGAGGAGGAUGCGGCGGCGGACGGCAAGAAGAGCGACACCGAGCCACUGUCGGGGGCGGAGGAAGAGGGAAAGUCGGAAGCCGAGGCGGGAAUUCCACUGGCCGGGACGGAUGCAUCAGAGCCUGGGCGGGGUGCUGGGGUUGACCGGAGCCGGCAAGAUCAAGGCGUCGAGGAGACGAAGGGAGAAGGGUGUGCUUCUGAUGGCGGGGCGAAGCCAAGGUCGCCCUCUCGCGUGCGCUUCGAAGAAGCGCCUGCGAAUUUGAGCGGCGGUGGCGGCGCUGUUAGUGGUGGCACGGGCGAUGACGAUGCCGAGCAGCCGACGCAAGCCAUGGCCCUUGAGCUGCUGGAUGACAGCGGCGACAACGAUAAAGAGCGGGAGGGGGAUGACGCCAAGGCAGCCACAGAGCGAGGUUCUGGGAGUUCAGCCGCCAUGGCGCUUGAGCUCGACAACAGCGAAGGAGGCAAGGGGAAGGGGGGGGCGAACGCUGAGGAAGCAGGAAAUAGCCAAGAUGAUGGUGAUGCUGCUGUCCCUGCCGACCCUCGGGGUGCUACCGAAGAAACCGCUGCUAGUGCUGCUCCGCCCGGGGACGGUGGUGGUGCCGAUGCGGAGGUUGUCCCCACGGACCCCCCGGCCCACGCGGACACCGACGGCGACACCGCAGACGAAGGUGACGCCGCUCUUCUCUUCGAGAAAUCGGACGAAGAAGGGGACGGCAAUGUGAAGGCGAGGGCCGCCGGCGCAGCCGCCGCCGCCGGCCCCGCUGGCGAAGAGAACAGCGGGGACGACACCGCAGACGAAGGCGACACCGCGCUCCUCUUCGACGACGACGCCGAUGGCGCGAUGGCGAAGGCCGUCACUGACGCCGGCGGCGGCGGCAGCGACACUGCUGCUGGUGGGGGCGCAUGCUUGCCGGCGGCCGCCCCGAGGUCGCCGGGCCCCAGCGCGACGGCGGGGCUUAGCGGGACCCCGAUGACGCCGUCCACGCUGCCCGAUAUCACCGGCAGAUCGGUGACCUCCCCCGGGAACGUGUCCGACGUGUCGACGCAGAGGCAGGAGUCGCCGAGGGCUCCGUUACGAGGCGGCGAGGAGCAUCGGCAGCAGCAAGAACCUGGCGCAGCCGAGGGAGGCCGGCCGCCGCCUGGUGGGGAUUCUCCGGGAGGGGCGCGUGAAACCGGAGGGGUGGACGACGACAUCAGCAACGAUGCGGGGCCGGCAAAGCGGGAGGAAGGCAGCGACGAUGACGACGACGACGACGACGACGACGACGACGACGACGACGACGGAAGCGAGGUGUCGGGGGCGUUGCUCCCCGCGGAGGACGACCUCGACGGUUUCGAAGACGAUCUGCUUGACGCCGGGGCGGCGGAGCCGGCGGAGACUGGCGGCGACGGGGACGGCGGUGGGAGGGGGGGUGCCGGGGCGGAGGCGGCGGCAGCGGCCGACGGCGACGGAAAUUCGGGCUCGGAGACGGACGCCACCGAGGUUGACACGGAUGAGGGCCCUCUCGCCGCUGGGCGGACAGAGAACGUCCCUGACCCCCCCGCGGUUGAGGAGAACGCUUCCGCCGGCGGCGGCACAAGAAGUAGCAGUGCCAUGGGGGCCCCGCCGGAGCCUGCAGAAGGUACUACCGUGAGCAGCGGGGGGGCAUCACCCGGUGCCUCCUCGGGGUCAGAUGCGAAUGCGGGUGGUGUCGAUGCCAGCAAAGGGGAGCGCCAGGGGCGGCGGGGGCAACAGCCUCCCGCCCAGGAGGACGCCCGGUCGCCGGGGGGCUCCCUGCUCCGGCGGGUGUCGACGGAAGACUCCAUGAUGGCCAUCGCUAGGGAGCACGCGAGGAGCGAGGCGCUGGCGGCGGCCAUGAAUCAGGAGUCAGAGGAGGAGGAGUCAGAGGAAGAGGAGGAGGAGCAGGAGCAGGAGCAGGGUGAAACGGAGGUGGACAACGGUACCGGUGAGGCAGCAACCCAAGCCGUUCCUGUGCAACUGGAAGAGGACGAAGAAGAGGAUGAGGAAGAGGAGGAGGAGAAGGAGGAGGAGGAGGAGGAAGCGGGGGACGGGACGGAGGUUGUAGAGGAGGGCGACUCCCCCCCGCAACAGGACGAGUUUUUGACCCCAGAUACCUCGGCGUUGUCGCCGAGCAAGGCGCAAGCUGAUGGAAACGAACCGCGGGGGAAGGCGCUGCCCGAGGAAGAGGAGGAGGAGGUCGGCGUUGAGCCCCCGAUAGAGGCGGGUGACGCCGGCAAAAAGGUCGUGGAGGAUCCCGCUGGUGGAGAGGAGGAAGGGGAUCAGGCGGGGAGUGAUGGUCACGGAGAGGGCCAGCAGCGGGAGCAGAAAGGGUCGCGGGGGAGCAAGGAGGAGGAACGGAGCUUAGAGAAGAUGGGAGCGGAGGAAGAGGGAGAGGGAGGGAGAGAGGGGGAGGGAGACGACAGAGAUGGCGGAGGAGCGAGAGAGGGGGAGGGGGAGGGAGAGGGAGAAACAGACGGGAAGGAGGCAGAGCGAGACGUGGAGGACGAGAAGGACACACCCGGGGCUGCCUCAGCAGCUGCCGCACCCGCACCAACGAGGACGAGCGGGCGGCGGAAACGGACGCUCAAGGACGUCUCGACCGUAGACGCACCAGAAGGCUCAACUAGCAAGGGGUUGAAGGAGCAGGCAACAAACAACACUACGCCGCGGGCAGUAGGUGGAAGGGCGGGCACACGACGAGCCGCUGCGUCUGCGUCGCACCCGGAAGUUCUACCAGAGGGAGAACAAGAACCGGCCCCGCCGGCGCCAGCGGGACGGCGGGGCCGAGGCGGGAAGAAAUCACCCGGCGGUGUCGCGUCAGAACCGGCGGCGGUGGCGGCUCCAGAGCAGCAGGCGAACGAGGACUCGUCAAAUCGACGCGGCAAGCGGCGAAGAACGGAGGAAGCAGAAGAAGUCUCCUUGUCGGAGACGGAAGGGACAGCACGGGGGGACGGGAAGGGCGGGACGGCUGCGUCGGCCCCCGCCCCGCCGGCGGCGAAGCGUGGGAGGAGAUCGUCUCGCACUGCGGCUGCGGCCAGCACGUCCCUCGGGGACGACAAAGGUGAUGACGCGGAGCCCCAAGAGGAGCCGGCGUCCGCGGUGACGGCGGGCAAGAGGGCGAGGGGGCGGGGGCGUGCGGCGAAGGAAUCGGAGCCCAGCCAGGAGGACGCCGCUGCCACGACAAAAGCCACGAGGGGUACAGCCAGAGGCUGUUCGCAGGCGAGGGGCAAAGGGAAGGGCAAAGCCGUGGCGGUGGCGGGAGUUGGCAAGAAGCGGAAGGCGGCAGAGGACGCUGAGCUGAGCGCUGAGGAGAGCGACGGUGCCUGGGCCCAAAGUCGUCAGGGGAAGGCGGGCGGGAAAGGCAAGAACUCGACGGGUGCGAGAAAACGGAAGGCGGAAGAGGCAGGCGUGCCUUCCUCUCCACAAGCGGACGGGACCGACGAAGACGAUGUCGCGUCUGCGUCGGCGACGGCGGCGACAACCGCCGGCCGAGGACGGAGAAGGAAGAGCAGCACAGCGAAGAAGGGGACGGAUAGCAAGCCGGCGCCCGUCGCACCGGCGACGCCUUCGAAGCGCGGCAGGGGCCGUCCCUCAGCGGCGGCGGCAGCGGCAGCGGCGGCGGCUGCGGAGGAAGAAGAACAAGAAGAAACCACCCCGCGAAGUCCUGCCAAGGUUAGCAGCCGGGGAAGGGGUGCGAAGUCAUCUCCGCCAACCCCGACGGUAGCAAGCCGUUCGGCGAGCGGCGGAGGAGGGGUCGACAGCGAGAGCUCCUGCGAUGUAAAGGUUUGUUUCACCGGCGUGAAGCCAACGCCUAAGGAGCGGUCGUGCAUGAAGAAGCUGGGGGUGUCUGAGGUGGAAUCCGUGCUCGAAGCCACGCAUUUAGUCGCUGGGGGCAGCGGAGUCUCGCUAAAACGUACACCCAAACUCCUGGCGGGGCUGGGUCGCUGCCGCUUCGUGGUGGACGUGGAGUGGUUGUAUCAAAGCGCCAAGGAUGGGAAGCUGCUGGAUGGAGUGGAGUACGUCCUCUGUGAUGCUGAGGCGGAAAAGAAGUGGGGCUUCAAUAUGCGGGUGUCCCUGGGGCGAAGGCCCGAAGCGGGUCUGCUUUCAGGCCUCUCCGUGCACGUCGAUCCAUGCGUGGCGGGCGUCAAGGGUAUGGGGUGUCCCCCCCUGGAAGAGAUGGAGAUGGUCGUCAUCUCCGCCGGAGGACAGUGGUUGCCUCAACUUCCAAAGCGCGGAGGGCCCGAGCCCGAGUCCCUCCUGGUUAUAUCCCACCCGGACGCCCUCAAAGCCGCCGGGGCGAAGGGAGCGAAGUCUCGCGCCGCCGCCGCAGCCGGCCGCAACGGCAAGGCCUACCUCCCGGAGAUGCUCUUCCUGUGCAUCUUGCGCCAGAAGAUGUCGUGGCCUGCUGAUUUGGUUGCUGGGGGGGGGGGUGCCGAGGCUGGACCCGCUAGUAAGAAACCGGCCAAGCGUAGACGGGUUUAGAUGGCGGGGGGGGGCUUACUAAUGUAAACGCUUGCCGCAGUCGGGUGUAAUUAUGUAGACGCAUGCCGUAGUCGUUAGGCAUUGGGGGGCGGUACUAAUGUUCUGCAGGUAUAAGCAGUUAUACCAUUAGCCAAGUAGGGGAGGAUGCUAUGGGUAGCACAGAGGAUGCCAAAUAGCAAGGGAUUCAGAUUGGGGUGGUUUCGAACCGAUUGUUGGACGGAGUUUAUGGGCGAAAUAGUCCGGGGGUUGUCGCUGGACGACCGAAUGGUCUACUGUAGGUGGGGGGAACGAUACCAUGGUUCCUUACCAAAACUUGCAUUGCUCUACUAUUACUGCUGUCCUCCCGUUGGGGGGGGUAGUCGCUUGGUAAGAACUGUAAAAAGGGCCAAGACUCUGGGGAAGAACCAGGGCAGAUGGGGUAAGGUCAGGUUUUGGCGGACCCUCUGUGUUGAUGAGAUGGGAAAGCUUGCCCUGUUGUUCUCUGAUAUUGCUGUGUACAAAUCGAUGCAGCCUUGCCCUGCGGCGUCGAACGCCAGAAUGUUGAAAUAUAACGAGAGUUGCCAUGUCUUUCCCUCAUCCUGACUGUAGACG